AUGUCUUCUCUCUCUCGCCGCGCGUGCUACAAGUGUGGCAAUGUUGGCCACUACGCCGAGGUUUGCUCUUCCGCCGAGCGCCUUUGCUACAACUGCAAGCAGCCCGGCCACGAGUCCAACGGCUGCCCUCUUCCUCGCACUACCGAGGCCAAGCAGUGCUACCACUGCCAGGGCCUGGGUCACGUCCAGGCUGACUGCCCUACCCUGCGCCUGAGCGGCGCUGGUACCAGCGGUCGCUGCUACAACUGCGGCCAGCCCGGCCACCUUGCUCGUGCUUGCCCCAACCCUGCCGGUGUUGGUAUGGGCCGCGGCGGACCUCCUGUUCCCCGCGGCGGAUACGGAGGCUACGCCCGCGGCGGCUUCGCCGGUGGUCCCCGCCCUGCUACCUGCUACAAGUGCGGUGGCCCCAACCACUUCGCCAGAGAUUGCCAGGCCCAGGCCAUGAAGUGCUACGCCUGCGGCAAGCUCGGUCACAUCUCUCGCGACUGCACCGCCCCCAACGGCGGCCCCUUGAACACUGCUGGCAAGACCUGCUACCAGUGCGGUGAGGCCGGUCACAUCUCCCGCGAUUGCCCCCAGAAGAACGCCAACAGCGAGAUCCCCAACGAUGUUGACAUCUCGGCUCCCGCCGGCAUCCCCGCGCCCGCUGUUGCGCCGAUUGCGCCCAUCGCCCCCGUUGCCUAA